AUAAAGUGUUAUCAAGAAAUCUAUGCAUAGGACCGAUAACUGUUGGAGUGUGUGCAGUGAUUGUAAUAUAUUAUGAUAUGUAUCGCAAUUCCAUAAAGAAGCGAACAUUAUUGAUAGUGGUGUUGAUUUUAGUGAAUCCUGUGCAAUCAGAUUCGUUGUUCGAAUGGAAAAAUACAACCAAUCCAGUGAUCAGUACUAUGCGUCAAAGAAUUGCCCUGGAGUGGACAUAUGAAUCUAAAGAACCUGUCUCCAGCAUGGUUUUUACACGCUUUAGGAACAGUUCGGAUACUAAAAUUCCGGUAGGAAAAUGGACAAAGGAAGGGGGAUUCAAGCCCGACCCAUUCAUAUCAACAAUAUUAAUCCUUACUACAGACCACUUAAACGAAACCAAUGAGAAAAAAGUGUCUUUGACACUGGACAAUCCUAUCCAUAUAGACUACGACCUCAAGUACAACUGUCAAGUGAACUGUGGCGAUCCAGUACACAGGAAUAAUUUCUCAAUUGAAUUGAAAGCGCUGAGACCGUACUGGGCAUAUUUUGAAGAUGUAAAACAUACAACCUUGGAAAAAGAUGUUACAUUUCUGUGGGAAUACAAAUAUCCUUAUGAAGCAAUUGCUGUGUUUAUAAGACGGGAGAAUAACAGUUACAGUGAACUGGUGGGGAAUUGGUACCAGGGUAGAUUUACUGAUCUUGGUCGUAAGUUUAUCAAUAGAGUGAACGUUACAAAAACAGCAAAUGAAGAUCAAACUGGUGAACAGAUCAGUCUGAGAUUGAAAAACGUAUCAGUGGAAGAUUUUGGCUGGGAGUAUGUUUGUCAAUUAACACUGGGUGACGGAGAACAACUAUUAACAAGAACAGUAUUGAAAGAAGUAAAAGCAAAUACUGUCACAUCUAGAACAGAUUCACGGACAUCAACAGCUACCAGAUCACCUGUUGAUUACAGCAUCAAAAUACUACUUUCUAUUGUCACCUCUAUUAUCUGCCACAUAUCACAGGACUAGUUUUAUUCUACGCGGGUGGUGUUAUAGUUAUCUUAACAUCACCGUUGUUGGUUCUAUACCGGUGGAUUUUUUAGCAUUUUUAUCUUUUUAUGUAUGCAUCAAGAUACAUUGUGUAUAUUGAGUUAAAAAAGACUAUACUGGGUCAUUAUAUUUCCGUAUAUAUUUAUUUAUAGAUUGUUAAAAUUUUUUACAAAUUGAUAAAGCUUUUGUAUUUUUGAAAAAAAAAAGAAAUAAUAUCCCUUUGUAUAAUUAUCAAAGAACAUAGCCUUGAACUGACGUCAAUUUGCGUUCCAAUGAAACCGUUAAACAGAUGAGCAUGAGCAUGGUACACGUGUUAUAAAAUGGACGCGAGAUAACUAUUGAUAAAACAAUUAAAUGAUAUAAAAUGAAAAGAAAUUUAAAAACGUUUAAUACAUUUUUAUUGUCCCCCGCCUUUCGAAGAAUGCAGGGGACUAUUAAAAUGGGUUCGUCCGUCUGUCUGUCCGUCACACCUUUUGGGACACAAUAACUCUCUUUCUAAUUGCGCUAGAAUGUUCAAACUUGGUGUAGGUGUUUAUUAGGUCAAGGCCUUGAUGAAAUUUGAAGAUGAGAAUUUUCUGCUUAGGGUAAGCAGAGAUAAGAAAUUCGAUUGGUUGAUGCUUUGGGACACGAUAACUUUAGUUCUAAUUAAGUGAGAGUGAGGACACUUGGUGUAUCGCUUUAUUACAUCAGUACCUUGACUAAGCUCGAUAAUGAACAUUUUCUGCUGAGGGUAAGCAGAGUGAUAAGCAAUUUGAUUGGUCGAGAUUUUGGAACACAAUGACUCUCCUUCUAAUUGAGGUAGAGUGUUCAAACUUGGUGUAGGCAUUCAUUAGGGAAAUCCCAUGAUGGCGUUUGAUGAUAAACAUUGUCUGCUUACGGUAGGCAGAGAUAAGCAAUCUGAUUGGUUGAUGCUUUAGGGGCACGAUAACUUUGGUUAUAAUGAAGUAAGAGCGAUGAAACUCUGAAUAUAGAUUCAUUAUAUCAUUACCUUUACUAAGUUCGAUGGUGCGAAUUUUAUGCUUAGGCUAAGGAGCGAUAAGCAAUUUGAUCGUCAAGACUUUGGAACUCAAAAACUCUGCUUUUAAUUGAGGUAGAAUGUUUAAACCUGGUGUUGAUCUUCAUGAUUUCAAUGAUCAACAUUUCAAGCUAAAGCUAAGCAGAGCUAAUCAAUUUUAUUGGUCGAUGCUUUGGGAGAAGAUAAUCUUGAUUCUAUCUGAUAGAGAGUGAUGAAACUGAGUGUGUAGUUUGAUUGCUCGAUACUUUUGAAAAAACUAAAUGUGCGAUUAAUAUGUGUCAUCUAUUUAUUUUGGGAUUUCGGCGGGGGACAUCAGCCUCACUGUUUAGAUUGUCUUCGUAUGUAGUAGUGUACAGGUUUAUGAAAGUUUUGAAGAAAUAUUUAGAAAUAUGAUAACGCCGAAUAGAUUGUAAAUAGCUAGAUUGUACACCUUUUUUUACCAUUAAAUUGGCAGAAAUACGAAACCGAAAUAUUAUACGCAUUCCAUUCUUGAAUUUUUGGUGAUAUAGGCACCAGAAGUCGAGAUUAACGUCUCUAAGUUUGUUUUUUUUCCAUCAAAAUGAGAAUUUGUAAAUAUAUUUUUUUCCUUUAUUUCUACAUAUAUUUUUGUAUAUAGACAUAUAUAAUAUGUAUUGUGACCGAUUCAUGUAUGAAAAUGGUUGUUAUUUUAUUCUUGAACUCUGUAUGAGAGAUUUAUUGUGUUGUUAUAAAAGUCCACCAGUAGAUGACUAACGUUGUAGGUCCCAAGUCCUGAAAAAGAUGGAGGGGGAUAAUUUGUUUCAUUAUAUAAAUAUUAUUACGUAUUCUUUUAAUGUAAUAUUUUAUAUGAUCAAUAAAUAUAUUUUAAAACA